GAGGGAGAGAGAGAGAGAGAGAGACGAAGAAGGGGAAGAGAGAAACACCACUAUUCCGACGUUGCCUGCGACAUAAGCAGAGCUGAGCAGAGCGACGCGGCGCCGCUCAGAGGGACGUUUGAGGAUUUUCUUCGUCGAGAUUGGUCGAGAUUCCAGAGUUCUUUUGAAGCCGUGUACAUAUUCGGACGUGUUUAUAUGUUAGAAAAUUUUUACAGGAUUGUGGCACAAUCAUUAAACUUUGUGUUAAAAUCCCAAUCUUUAACUUUUGCAUUCCGACUUUGUGUUUUCGUGUUUUAUAUUUGGUGGAUGGGUGCUAAUCGUGGUGGUUUGGUGCUCCGUACGUGGCAACAUCAACAGGCCAGGGGCAAACAUCCGUCUUCAGUACGCGCGCGGACUUCCAGCCACGACGUCCAAUGUUUUGAGAGAACAAACGCGGGUGGAGAUAUGCGCGGUGCGGCGACGGUACCGCAACUGGCUCAGUGCGUGACGACGAGUUAUUACAUCAAUGGCAUCCAGGGCGGCAACGAUAUCAUCGGGGCUGUCGCGCACGCCGGCGACGGCAAUCCCGACGGCAAUGCGUCGAUGACGCGUUACGAUCGUUUCGCGCCGACCGCACCAUCGCAUCUGAUGGAUCUGAGCGGUCCACCGAAUCACCACCAUCAUCACCAGCAGCAGCAGCAGCAGCAGCAGCAGCAGCAACAAUCGCAACAUCAUGGUUAUCAUCAUCCGCACAACCAGGUCGCGAUAGAGUACACCGACCUGAAUCACGUGAUGUUCAAGAAUCCAGAGGAAACAAAAUAUCACCAUCAUCAUCACCACCAUCAUCCUCAGGAACAUCAUUCGGAUACGAAGAUCAUGCGAGAGUUACAACUAGAGUACGACCGGCGGCUCCACUCGACCGACAACUCGCCCGAGUUCCUGUCGGAUUACAGUAGGGAUCACGAGCAGCAGAGCCUGUGCCUGACGCCCUCCUCGCAAAGCGUGUACUCUCCCGGUGGCUGCGGCGCCGACGAGAUGGGUGCUCCUAGUUCCGUCCAGUCGGUUCAAACGGGAGCUUACCAUCACAUGGCGGACGUGCCGGAGUAUAAAUCGGACGUGAUCGAGGACAGGAUUGUCGAUCACGUCGCCGCGACAUACGGCUGUGAACAGGCCGCGGAGCUCGGCCACGUGACCGAGCCAUCGUCGUCGACGACGACGGCAGCGGUCACGGCGAAGAACUAUGGAGACCGGGAGGCCGGCGGCAGAACGGUCGUCAGAAGAAAGCGACGGCACAGCGGCAACAACAACAGCAACAGCAGCGGUAACGGCUGCUGCAACGGCAACGAGUCCGACGGCGAGUCCACGACGGCGGCUUCGACAACGAGGACGAAGACGCGCCGCAAGAACGACCAGGAGCUCCAGAAUCAACGGGCGAUGGCGAACGUCCGCGAACGCCAGCGGACUCAGAGCCUGAACGAGGCCUUCUCCGCGCUCAGAAAGAUCAUACCGACUCUGCCGAGCGACAAGCUGAGCAAGAUCCAGACGCUCAAGCUUGCCGCUCGGUACAUCGAUUUUCUAUACCAGGUCCUCAAGACCAACGCCGAUAACGCCGAGUGUGACUCGAAUGCAGAAAACAGAGGCUCUCGGAGUGCGCUUUUGACUGCGAAAGAGAUCGCGUCGUCGCCGAGUAAUUACAUGGUGCACGAGAAACUGUCGUACGCGUUCAGCGUCUGGAGAAUGGAAGGUGAUUGGAACUCCACUACGUAGGAUAUAGAAUGUAAGGCUAGGAUAAAAUUGCAUAAAAAUUUAAAGAGGUAAGAAGGAACUGGGAUCAUCCUCGAAUUCAAUUCGGGAAUAUUUUGCUCAUCUCGAGAGAAAGGAUGUACAUAUAUAUACGACGGUUGUUUGAAAGGAAUUUUGCGAAUGAAUACAUAAGAUUUGUUUUUCAUUGCUGCACUGGACUGCACUGUUAUAAAAUUUUCCUUUCGCCAAAUUUCAAACAUAUUCCACUUUAAAAGUAGCGUACAUUAGAACUUUAUAAUCAGAGACACGAAAUCGAAUUUUCGUUAUCUGGUCUAGGACGGUUUUCAUAAUUCGAUGUCAAUUAAAAUAUUUUCGAAUUAACUUGUCAAUACGAAAUUUCUCCGGUGAUGUGAAAGACGACACAAUAAACUCACACAAAUAAUUUUUUUUCCAGUGUUAUCUAUGUAUUUACUCGAAAACUUUUCAAACAAUCCUCGCAUGCUCUCUAACCAUGCGUACGUGUGCGCAAAAUAUACAUAUACACAAAUAAAAUAAUUGGGUAUAAAAAUUGUAUGCGUGUAUAGGUGUAUUAAUUAUAAAUAUAUAUUUUUUUAUACUAAGCAAAAAUGAAAAAUAAAUUAUUUUUAUUAAAGCCAAAGAGAAUAUUAAAGUGGAGCAUUUAACUUUAAAUUAAGUAAGUUAUAUGCUCUACUCUGCAUACUAUAGCGCGUACAAUCAAUUUUAAUUGUACAUUUGUACGGCACAUCGCACUCCGAGUCUCUCGCUUAUCGUUAGUUUCUCUUUAGGGAAUAUAUUCAAAAUAAAGCGCGAUAAAUUCGAGGCAUUCAGCGAAUUGAAAAAGCAACUUGAAAAAUGAGACAACGCUCGCUCGUGCUGUUUGCGCAUCCAUCAUCUCGCCGAACUUGGUCCAAGUUGAAACAGAAAAGAAAGGAGAGCCAACUCGCGCGAGACCCGAGGAUUCCGCGUGCGGCGGGACCGUUGUCCCACGCGGAUUGAUCUCGCGCGAGCCGCGGGGUAAAUAACACACACGCGGUCGGCGUCUCUUUCCGGCGCGGCCUUUGAAACCCAAUUCACGACAGUUAAUUCUGUCCCCUGAUGGCUGAUUCCCGGCGACGCGGCAUCGCUCGCUCGCGGGCCAAUAAUUCACGUCUUCUCGUCGGACUAUUAACGGCGCGACAACUCGGCCGCCGAUACAUGGAGCGCGGCGCCUAUUAGCUCGCGCCGCGCGUGUCGCGUACCUGCAUCAAUCAGCGAAAUUGCAUCUUGUAAUCGCCCCCUUUCUCCCUCGCCUCGGUCGGAAUAAAUCGGCAGCCUCUAGGAAUUUCGGAAAAAGAAGUUUUCGGUUCGAGUUGCGUAAUGACGACGCGUUGCGAAAAACGCCGGGAAUUUGGCCUCUUGAACGAGCGACGGACCGGUCGAUCAUCGUCGGGAUUCCCCCGCGUCCAUAUUCCCGUCUUGACUACCUCUCCAGAGCGCCUGUUGCAGCCCGUUAACGGCGAAUUUACGAGCGUUUAUCCGGUCUGUCCAAACAAUCUCCGCAUGGCGAUUUAUCGAGUCUCAUGAGCGCGCUCUCGCCUCGCCUCGCGAGCGAGCGAGCGUUCUCCGCGAGUUUUCGCCACGAUAAACCUCGCCUGCGCGUAAACUACGCAGCUGAAACGCCGGCAAGUAUGUCCCGUUUUAUUCGGGCGUAAAGCAUUCGUUAGCGUUUUAAGUGAUAUUCCAAUCCCGUGGGGAGGAAACGCAAACGUCUCCGACGCUGAUUUCGCGUGAGAAACGGGCUACAAGCUGUGAAGGGAAAAUCUUCGUUCAGCUUUAUUCGGCAUCUCUUUCCCGCGGCGAAAAUAUAUUUUUUUUUCAGCGGGAUAGUUCCUCAAAUAAAUUUUCACCGAAAGGAUUAAGAUUCCUGUGAGGAAACCAUCGUCACACUCGAUUUUGCUCGUCUACGAGAUCGAGGGAGAGGUCGAUCGCGCGCAUCCAGCAGAUAAUAACGAUCGCCGAGAAACCGUUUCUCGAGGAAACGGGGUAAAGAGUUAACGAGCAUUUCGGCGCCCAUCGGUCGGGCACAAUAUUAUUUUUUUCUGCCGAGAUGACAGUCCUGCCCCCCCUGCCGUUUCUGGGGCUCCCUCGUCGCGCGUAACGCACAUAAAACAACCGACGCGCACUACCGCGGCACCGUGAAUAUUCCGAAUGGCGUUAGUUAUUUUAAACCGGUCAAAGCAAACUUUCGGCCGCGUUUUAAACCGCUUAACGAAGACGCGCCGCGCGUUGAAGAGCCGCAGUAGUCCCUCUCGCCCUCGCUUCCUCGCGCUCUCAUCCUCUAUCGCGAUGGCGAAUCUUCGCGGGGAAGAGAGGCGCGCGCGAUUCGGCUGAGCGGAUCUCGCAUUAACGAGACUCUCGCGUCGCGAGUUAAAAAACGUACUCUUCUGGUUCUCGGAAUCAGCGUAACAUUUACGAGAACGUUACUUUGCGCGAAGCGGAUUUAAUGAAGCCAUGACGCGCCGCGGAGUAUGAGCGAAAUGCAUUACGGCCGAAGAGAUAUCACGAAUUCGUCGGUCUGUCAUACAGCACAGCGUAGAAAAAGCACUGCAAAAUAUUGCUGCAAUAUUUUGCAACGUUUCCGCUGUUUUGCGCUGUACGGGUAAUAAUAUCAUCGUUAUCCCACUCGCGUCCAUCCCAGCUUUCGCGUCCCUCGUUUCCCGCUCCUUUUUUCCUAUUUGCAUUUCCACGAUUAAUCGAGAUCUAGCGGAGUCGUCCGGGCUCGGAAAGCUCGCACGAUUAACGCUGCGCGGUCGAGUCUCCUAUUUCGUUAACGUUAAUUGGCCCGGUAAAAACAUUUAUCUACGUUUCGGCCGGCGACAGUCCUGAGGGAACCUCGACAACCCGGGCCUCGCGACUGGCCGCUCCGCGUCGCCCCGCUUUUUAUUCGUCGCGCAACGCGCCGGUGCCGACCAUAAAUCUCUUUGAAUUCAAUUAGCCAAGACACAUCCGAGACGUUCGGCUUCCCUCCGUCCUCCGGCGGGGCCUUUUCGGGCAUCCCUGUCCGAUGACGCUCCCCUCGCCGCGCGCUGCAAAAACAAACCCGACGCUUUCGUUGGCGGGACGGAUGCUGCUGCCCGAUCUCAACACCGAAGUCGACCGUUAAAAAUCCAUCUCGAUAAUCCGAGUGCAGAAUUGUCAUCGCGAUUUGUCAUUAGCGCUCCGCACGUACAUUGGACCGCGACAAUUUUGAGUUAAUUUUCAUUACUUCUACAAGUAUAAAUAAAUCCUUCGAUGAAAGGAUCUUUUUAUAUUUGUAAAAGUAAUGAACUGUUACAUUCUCACAUAUAUUCUAACUCCGCAGAAAGUAUUUGUAUGGUAAUUUUAUUGAAAAAAAAUUGUAUGUAAAUAUUAUAACUAAUUACGGUGCUCUUAGUUUCUUUUUCGAAGAAAAAUUUAUAGGACAAAAUUGUCGAAUCACGUGUGCAGAACGUUAAUUUACUGAUCUGUUCAGUGGAUUUCUCAUUCUCUGCCUUAACGAAUCAAUGCCGGGACGUUGAGAUUUUAUUUUCUCGAGAGAGCCCGUCCGAGAUCGUAAUUCUGGGAAAUCGAUCAGGCCCGAUAAUUUUUCGAAUGGUUCCCUCGGGAGAGUCCCGGCUGCUCCGACCGUGCAUCCGUGACGUACGGAGGCGGGAAAGAAAAGAAAGAUGUUGAGAAUGACCAUGACAGCUGCCUCACUUCGCGGGAGCCCUAGACAACGAACCACGCAGAGACGUACGGAUCAUUCAAGGACGAUCCGAGAGAAGAGUUUCCCUCCUCCUCCUCUCUCUCUCUUUCUUUCGGUCUCUCCUUCCUCUCCGAACCCCAUUUCUCUCGCGUAUUAGUGUAUAAUUGUCGGUAUUCCUAAAAAUAAUUUUCACAUACGAGCGAGCGAGCGAGCGAGCGAGCGAGCGAACGAACGAGCGAAGGCUCAUCUGUCACGGCGCUGACAAAAUGUUCACCGUGUAUCUACAAAAAACAACAUUUUGAGGAUCCAAUUGUCGAGGAUGUAAUCGACGUCGUCGCGUCGGCGAAGAUCUUGAAAAACUUCGGACGUGCCUUGCAUUACUCCUUUUAUUACUCCUUUUAAAGCUCUGCGCGUGGCUUUCAGACAACGGUUCCAUGUACUUGUAUUAAGGUAAAGAUGAAUGUUAAGAUAAAGCGACGAAAAAUACGGCGCGGUGGACCGUGUCUUACGACUGCGUGAGCGACGAGAUGCCGGUGGCAGUCGUGCCUCCGUUUUCCGCAAAAAUCUCGCAAAAUAACCGCGUUUUAUGCAAAAAAAAAAAAAAAAAAACAAAUCGCAUCGCGUACGAAACUCUUACCUCGCGUUAUAUAUUUUUUAUAUAUGAAUAUAGCACUGAGCUAGAAUUUAUGACUUUACACGAGAAAGGAAACUAUCCCGAGUGCACGGUAGUCGCCCGGCUGGCUCGCCCGUAUCACACAACUUUCAGCUGUAAUAUAGAGAUGUAUACAUUUUUAUUUUUGUUACGUAAGUUGUUAUAUUUACUUUCGAAAUAAGUUGCGAGAUAAGAAAGCUGUGAAUUCACAUAGGCUCUCCUCUAUGGUUCAGUCCGAAUAUAUAUAUAGUUUUCGUAAUACGAAGGCAAACGAUUCGAUGUGAAACUCACACCACGUGGCCGGAUAAAUGCAAUAAUUUGUUCUUCCUGUGGUAUAUAUUUAUAUGUACAUAUCGAAUCUGCGAGUACCGUGUGUCACGCGUCAUUUUAGAUUGGCGUGAAAGAUUCGUCAUUUCUUCAUUGAAAGCUACGCGCCAGGUGAAGCUAGAAAAGUGUAAAUUUUCUGAGAAGAAGAUUCAAAGGAUUCUCUUCUCUCGCAGAUGAGAUGAAGAAACCUGCGCUUUCACUUUGACUUUGUUAAAUUUUCCACCUUCAUUUGGCAUAAACGGCGAAUCUCCCGCGUCAAAUUUAAUACAUAUCUUUGCCUAAACCUGUAUAUACGCGUUACCAUGUAACACGAUAGAUAAAUACGCUCUGUAAAUAAUCGUGAAAUAGAUUUUUAACGGAAACUUUAAGCGAGACGACAUCUCGGUCAUCCAUUCCCUCGAAUCGAUGCUAUUUGCAUUUUGCUUAUUUAUCCGAGCGACCUCCUCGCCCGAGCAUUUUUAAUGUACAGUAUUUUUAUACUGGUGCGAUUUUACUGCGAUAAAUGCAUAGAAACGAAUUAUAAAACAUCAAAGAAUAAUAAAGAAAUGAUGAACAUGAAAAA